AUGAAUACUCCAGCCCCGCAGGCCGGAGAAGCUAUCGCCACCUCGGUCACCACUGUCACUUCCCUAACAACAGACGCUCGAGUCGAACUCACCACCGACACGGUCGCUUUCACUAUUUUCUCCACAUUCCCGUCCCCCGCGGUAACCACUUCUCGCUUCACCGAAGGACGGCAUGCAGAACUCACAACUUCGCUCGGGAAGGAGUCCGUGUCUACCGAAAUCCCAGCGUCUACAGCCGCUAAGGCUUCAAUGACCACCACAUCUACCACAACCGCCUCACUCGUCCUCGUUGCGACGUCUGCCGAGACUUCCUCAACCAUCUCUACUAUGGUAUCUCCCGGGACUGCCUCAGUCAUCCCCACUGCGAUUUCAACGAUUACGUCGUCCGCUUCCACCGUCCCGGGCCCAUCCUCUGUUCAUACUAUCGAUGGCAAUCGUGAAGGGCAGCAAAUGAUAGACGCAGGCAUAAUCGCAGGCGGGGUUGCGGGAGGCUUCAUUAUCUUUCUCUCGUUGGUCAUAGCAUUCCGCAGGUACAGGAAGCGAAGGAUGUCGCAGACACUGUCCAGAAGGCGCAGCGGACCGCCUGGGGACGACCGCCCUCAUCCGUUACCACUCCCCGCCACGGCCUGGAGCGCUCCGGAGAGAGCGCGCAGAUGCUCUCGCAAACGGUCCCUGUUCACCGCCCCCAUUUGCGCGCUCAGUCGCAGGCUGAGUGCCGCCCGAAACGCUCCCAGUGGCGCUCAGCGAGCCGAACGUCCUCCCGACAAAGCGUCCCUCGCACCCCCGGAAAAUGCGCCGCGUACCAGUAUACGAAGCGCUGUCUCAAUGCUACUCUCGUUGUUCCAGCGGUCGAGCGAAGAUCGUGACAGCGCGCGGGACCUGGAUCCGGCUCUGAUCGAGGCGCUGCAGCGCACGGUCGAGCGUUACCAUGCGUCACGCACUUCGGCGGAAGAGGACGACGAGCAGCCUCCUCCAUCCUAUAUAGAGGCCGUCAGUCGGCGCGUCUCUUCGCAGUUUUCCUCGUGA